AUGAAGAGAAAAUCAGAUUCAUCAAUAAAGACUCUAAGUCCUAAAGAUGGUUCCAAGAACAGUAAGGGAAUUCGAACACGGCUGUCGACAGGCACCCUUUUCAUGUCUGGAACAUCAACAAUAUCGUUUGCCGAAGCUCAAGAAUCUUCAUCCUCUGCACAUUCCUCAUCUGUGGAAUCAGAGGCUAUGACUGUCUCUAAGCAAAAAGAAACCACACCCCCUUCUGCUCACAAAAGAAAAUUGGCUGAAAAUAAAGAUGUUGGUGAAUUUUCCACUGAACCACCAAAGAGACGGAAAAUUGGUCGUAAUGAUGGGACUGGAGAGGAUAACAGGAACGACUACUUCUGUUGGAUCUGUCAUAAGGAUGGUCUGGUGAUCUGCUGUGAGCUCUGCCCUCGUGUCUUUCAUGCAAAAUGCUUAAGUAUUGAAAACAACGUCCCGCAGGAUUGGGUCUGUCCAGAAUGUGAGAAAAUCAUGCAGGCUGAGUGCACAGAUACCCGCUCGAAAACUAUGUCUUUAAUUUCUGUCAGCACCCUGUGUACAUUGCUUCGCUAUGCACUGGAUCGAAUGAGAACUGUUGGGAGUGAUACUUUUGAACACCCGUUGGAUCCUGCAUUAUUUCCUAACUACUCCGAUUAUAUCUUUCAUCCAAUGAGUUUGUCAGUGUUGGAGAAGAAUAUCAAAAAGAAGAACUAUGGUUGUACUGAGGCCUUUUUAGCGGAUGCAAAAUGGAUACAUCAUAACUCAGUGGUGUACAAUGGUGCUCAAAACAAGGUAACAACUAUCGCCAGGGCAGUCCUUAAAGUUUGCAAGCAUGAGAUGAGUGAAAUUGAGGUGUGCCCAGACUGCUACUACAACUCUUGUGUUCAGAGUGACAGCGACUGGUUUUGUGAACCGUGUCGCAAUCCACAUCCACUUGUUUGGGCAAAGUUGAAAGGAUAUCCAUUUUGGCCAGCCAAGGCUCUGAGAGAAUCUAAUGAUCAAGUAGACGUCCGAUUCUUUGGUGCUCAUGAUCGCUCGUGGGUGCCGGUAUCAUCCUGCUUCAUGCUGUCCAAAGUCUGUCCUGUGGUGGUGAAGAAAGGCAGGGGUGGCAUGGCCGAGGCAAUGAGAGAAGUGGAGGUGCACAUCAAGAAAUUAAGGGAGAAACUUGGAACUUUUGAGUACGCACCUUUCCAGACACCUUACAAAAGUGACGCAGUCUACAGCAAACUGAAGAGCAGCAGCGGUGGCACCAGUGAUGGUAGCAAGCAUGCUGGACAUGGGAAAAUCGGAAAAACAAAG